UUCCACCUCCUAGACCAAGCCACAUAUUUUCUUUUUUGCGAAGGCUGGUACUCGCCCUGUCAGGGCUGCAGCCAGCACUGACCCUUGGAUAGAAUCAACAGCAGCAGCAGCAGAGUAGGAGGUACAUUCUAGCUGCUCGUAGAAAUGGCUGCGUUGACGCGUCCAUUGGCCAACCUCUCCCUCGCGGGGAAUGCGGUGGCUAAGCAGAGGAGCCAUGGACCGUUGCAAUCAGACCUGCUCGGAUCCCCCGUCCUCUCCUCGUCCAGUCCAGCCGCUCCCGUUCAGGCGGGAUGCGAAGGAAUGGUUAAAAUCUCGUCCAGGGUACAGACUGGUCCGGUGACGGCAAGGGCUAGCUUAACCAGCAAGAAGAGCAGCAGAGCGACGUCGUCAUCCGCUCGUCGCUCGGUCGUCGCACAGUCUGGCAAGAGAAUGUUCGACGAUCCGUUCGACUACGGCGAGGAUCCGGACCUGGAGUACGGCGAUCUGCUGUCGUCCGGCAAGCAAGACGCCGUCGACCCCCGUCCCCCCACCGACACCUCCUCCGACGCCGGCUGGCUCAAGUUUCCGCCUGGCCACAACCCGGAAAUAGCAUCUCUCGGAUUGUACAUUCGCGACGAUGUGCGAAGCUGCGCGAUUCUUGUCGCCGGCGGCGUGUACGAGAAUCUUCUGUUCUUCCCGGUGAUCUCGCUGCUCAAGGAGAAGUACCCCGGCGUGAAGAUCGACGUGGCGGCUCCGCCACGUGGCAAGCAGACGUACGAGAUCAACAAGAACGUACGGCGCGCGUGGGUGUACGAUCCCGAGGAUCCGUUCGUGACUCCCGCCGAGUACACCGAGUUCCUGGGCAAGCUCAAGAACGAGGUGUACGACUUGGUGCUAUCCACCAGACUGGCGGGGCUGGGCCACGCCAUGUUCCUGUUUCUCUCCGACGCCCGCCAGCGCGUGUCGUACGUCAACCCCAACGCCAGUGGCGCCGGUGCGGGCGUGUUCCUCUCCAACGCCGUGCGCACGGAGAAGGAGAACCUCGCGGAGGACGGCUACGCCAUGUACAAGGACCUGAUCGAGUUCCUCCUGCAGCCGGUCCGUGGGGGCCCGGCGCUCUACCUGCCGCCGCUGCAGGUGAACAUCCCGCGCAAGGUCAAGGACGUCACCCGGGGGAAGACCGCCGCAGCAGGGGUGGCGCCGGGCGCGUACACGCUGGUGCACGGCGUGGAGUCGUCGUCCGCCGCGUCCAUGCGGUCGCGCGGGGACGCGGACAGCGCGCUAUCCCUGGGGCUGCUAGCGGAGAUCGCCAAGAGUGUCAGCGGCGACCUACUGGUGGUGGUCCCCAACGACGCGGAUCAAGACAAGGUGCAGGGCGCUGUGCCCUCGGCCAAGAUCGUCAAGAUCACCACGCCAGGCCAGCUCGCUGCUGCCAUUGACGAUGCGGCUGCUGUGGUCACCACAAACACCGCCGCUGUGCAACUCGCCACCGCUCUCAGAAAGCCAAGCGUGGCUCUCUUUGGUUCGUCGGACAAGGCUGCUCUCUUUGUGCCUGAUGCUGCUGACCGCAAGUGCACAGUGGUUGCGUCUGCAUCGGGCAGCCUCGCUGGUAUCAGUGCCAAGGACGUUGCUGCUGCCAUUGCCUCUCUCCCAGUCUCCGCAGCUGCCCAGGUGGCUGCUUGAAAGUGCUGCUUUUGCUCGAAUUGUGCUUGAAACGUGCAUUCAAUUGUAGAAGUUUGUGAGCCCCAAUCGCCACUCAGCCGCUUACAAUAGUUUUUAGCAUAAAUCUUGUUUAUUGUAUGUCAUUUCAAACACCAUCUCGGCCACAAUUGGCCUAGUAAUGUUAUGCGUGACAUUU